UAAGCUUAAGUUAUGCUUAAUAUAUUUGUCUGUGAGAAUGUUCUAUCGUGAAUAUAAUAAGUUCGUUUAUAUUUCCCGAAUAAAAUUAAAAUGAUUGUUGUCAAUAUAGCGCCCUUCUAAUCUAAAUCUAUACGAACCUAACAAAACAAAAUGCCAAUGUCAAGUCAAUACUGUCACGUGCAUGCAUGUUUUGACAAUAAUAUAGAUUUGAUAAAAUCGAUGAAAUCAUAAAAAAUAAAAUUUAUUUAGUAUUUACAAAACUCAAUCGAAGUACAAUACAAUGGACAGAUUUGAAUAUAUAGAUGCCAGAUUAUUUGAAGGUGAAAAUUAUAUCAAACGAGACAAGAAUGUUAAGAUUUACGACGGCGACGAUAAAACACAAUAUGUUGAUGGGGAAGUUGUGUUAACAACUCAUCGUAUACUUUGGGGUAAGCCAGGAGAUAUACCCAGAGGAAAUGUAUGCCUAUCCCUUAAUUUAUACUAUGUAUUCUGUUUAGAAGAGGAAAGCAGUGGUGUUUUUGGUUUGGGUGGGCCCAAACGUAUUAUACUUCAUUUGGGACCAGCUCUUCCAGGAAAAAGACCAGGCCCUGCCGUUGUCAGCCCAUAUCAUUUCAUAAAGCUAUCAUUCAAAGAUGGUAUUGACGCUGCUUUCUAUAAAGCCUUGAGUGAUGCAGUGUCAGCUAAAGCUUGGGAAAGACAAAGCCCUUUAGCUUCACCUGUCAGCUCCACAAGUCCUUACUCUUCUCCAAAACCAUCUGUAGCACCUGUAAAUUCUAAAAUUAGGUCUGGCAUUGUUGGAAUAGAAAGAAGUAUUGAAGAGCAACAUAGGGCUACAGAUGAGAGUAUUACUGUAGCAUUUCAAGAUUUGACAAAGCUCAUGGCAAAGGCAAAAGAUAUGGUUGCUAUUUCAAAAAAUAUAUCAACUAAAAUAAGGGAAAAGCAAGGAGAUAUAUCAGAAGAUGAUACUGUGAGGUUUAAAUCUUACCUGAUGAGUUUGGGUAUUGAUGAUCCAGUGACAAGAGAUGCAUUUAGAUCAGAUUCAGAUUAUUAUUUAGGACUGUCUCAACAAAUUUCUGAUAUGAUGGUAGCAGUAUUGAUGGAAUGUGGUGGCAUAAUGUCAUUAGCAGAUGUUUGGUGUAGGGUGAACAGGGCCAGAGGAUUGGAGCUCAUAUCACCUGAGGACCUCUUGAAUGCAUGCAAGUUAUUGCAGACUAUUGGAGCACCAAUGUCGUUGAGAAAGUUUCCUAGCGGUGCUUGCGUGCUGCAAUUGAACAGCAAUAGAGAUGAAGAAGUAGCUAAGUCCACUAGUGAAUUGCUUGAAGAAAAUGGUUCCCUAACACCAGUGAAGCUGUCCCAGAUAGCAAGUGUAUCUGUCCUGCUCGCGCGGGAACGCCUAUUCACCACCGAGCGCCUUGGUCUCGCUUGUCGAGAUGAAUCUAUUGAGGGCUUAGCGUUCUAUCCUAAUUUAUUUUUAAACCCGCCGGCGUAAUUUUAAUCUGGCAUUGAAUGGGACGAACCCAGGAUCCGUCCUGGCGUAUGGGAACGAGGAGGGCCAACCACAAAUAAUGGGAAGAGGAAAUGAAUGGGAUGGAUUUAUGAAAACUAGAGCAAGUGAUCCUUGGACGUAUUGCUAUUCGCCAUCAAAAUUAUUUUCUCACGACAAUAAUGUGAUAUAAUAUUUUAAAGUUUAGACUUUAAGGAAGUAAUCAGUUAAGUGUUAAGCAUAACAUUGAUUUAUUAAAAGCUUUAACAUCACAUAAGCUUACAGCUGCAUACAAUGUUACACAAUUUUAUCAUACCUUUUGUAAACCAUCUCCCAAAAUAUCACUCUUAUAAGUCAUUUUCGCAUUACAAUAUACCACAUACAUAACUGUAUUAAAAAAUAUUUUAACUUUUCAUCGGAAGUGACGUUGCCAUCAAGUCAACUAAAUUUUAAAUUAUAAAUUAUCUAAAUCUUGUUCCUACUUGUGUUGUAUAAAAAUUGCCAAAUUGAGCUAAGAUUUUAAACCUGUUUAUUUCACCGCGCCACGUCCGAUGCUAAGUCACUCCAAGUUAUACUUAUUGUACAAGUUCAAAGACAACCUCCCCUCAAAUGCUCAAAAGCAUUUUUCUAAAUUCCUUAACAUAUGUAUAAAAGUUACCUAAUAAUUCAAUAAAAUGCAUUUGAGUAUUUUGCCCUUACAACCUUUCAACCAGAAGCCAUUGAAAAUAGGCUUAUAAUAUUUAAAUACAAUAUGUAGCACUUAGCAGUUAUUAGGUGAUUAUAAUUUAGCACUUAUGAAAAACUUAUAAUCUUAAUAUAUAUUAUAAAUAUAUUUAUUUAUAGAUUUUUUGAACUGAGAAAUUUAUUCGUUACUAGUAAAUAUAUGUGGCCGUCCAAAUCAAAAGGGACCUUAUGGCGCCCCGGCACUUACGCAAUUAUGCCGUUGAUUUGUAUUCGAACAAAGGCAAUAAAGACUUAAGUGCCAGCCGCCAUAAGGUCCCUUUUGAUUUGGAUGGUCACAUUUAUGUAGGUACCAUAGACCACUCAACUUGUGUGAGCUGUAGUAGAACUCAUUUACUUUUUUACACAGUUUACAGUUUCUUAUCAAGAAAAGCCUGCCUAUCGGGUAUGUACACAAUGGAAAACGGGUAGAGUUUGUAAAGUGUUGACUUGUUUUUAAUUUUGAUAAAUAAAUACAUACCUAAUUAA